CGUCACAGCCGCAGCCACCGCCACAGCCGCAGCCACCGCCGCAGCCGUAGCCACUGCCGCAGCCGCAGCCACCGCCGCAGCUGCCACCACCGCAGCCAUUCGCCAUGGCCUGGGUACUGAAGAUGGACGAGGCGGUGGAGGCGGGCCUGGUGCACGACUUUGAUGCUAGCCUGUCGGGGAUCGGGCAGGAGCUGGGGGCCGCCGCCUACAGCAUGAGUGAUGUGCUGGCCCUGCCCAUUUUCAAGGAGGAAGACGCUCUCCUUCAUUUGGAUGAUGACCCCAAACAGCCACCUUUUCAGUACAUCCUGUGUGCAGCCACAUCCCCUGCAGUCAGACUGCAGGAUGAAAGCCUCACCUACCUGAACCAAGGUCAGUCCUAUGAAAUCCGGAUGCUGGACAACCGGAAAGGGGGAGCUGUGCCUGAGGUCAGUGGAAAGUUGGUGAAGAGCAUCAUCAGACUGGUGUUCCAUGACAGACGGCUACAAUAUACAGAGCACCAGCAGCUGCAGGGCUGGAAGUGGAAUCGCCCUGGGGACCGGCUGCUUGAUCUUGAUACUCCAAUGUCUGUUGGCAUCAUUGACAUAAAGACAAAGCCAGGCCAGUUAAAUGCAGUCGAGUUUCUUUGGGAUCCUGCAAAACCCACAUCUGUAUUUAUCCAGGUCCACUGCAUCAGCACCGAGUUCACUCCACGCAAGCAUGGAGGUGAGAAGGGGGUCCCUUUCAGAGUCCAAGUUGACACUUUUAAACAGAAUGAAAAUGGUGACUACACAGAUCACCUUCACUCUGCCAGCUGCCAAAUCAAAGUUUUUAAGCCUAAAGGGGCAGACAGAAAACAGAAAACAGACCGAGAAAAGAUGGAGAAGAAGACAGCUCAUGAGAAAGAAAAGUACCAGCCUUCCUAUGACACUACCAUCCUCAGCGAGACGAGGCUGGAGCCUAUAAUGGAAGCUCCAGUUGUUGAACAUGAGCAGAAAAGGUCCAGCAAGCGGACUUUGCCAGCAGACUGUGGCGAUUCUGCAGCAAAGCGAGGUAGUUGCUCCCCUUGGCCCUCCACAAGUAACUCUGGCUCGAGUGCAUCCUACGUCAGUGACAGCCCUGCGCCUGCUCCCGCUCUCACCACCGCGCAGCACAACACAGGCAGCGUCCCAGAAAGCAGUUCUUCCUCCCCAAACAAUCAAGGAGAGGGAACUUCCCAAGACUUCGGCGAACAACUGCAUCCAUUAGCCACCAUCCAGGAAGCCCAGCAGUGGCUGGUCCGGAACAGGUUUUCUGCCUACAUGGGGCUCUUCGCCAAUUUCUCAGGUGCAGAUUUAUUAAAGUUGACAAGAGAUGACCUCGUACAGAUCUGCGGCCCAGCUGAUGGCAUUCGGCUCCACAAUGCACUGAAGUCAAGGACAAUUAGGCCUCGUCUCACCAUCUACGUCUGCCAGGAGCAGCCCAGGGGCACACAGCUAGAAAGACAACCAGAUGGAGGCCAAGGUGAUCAAGGCAAUGGUUCAGUCUACGUUUAUCAUGCGAUCUACCUGGAGGAGAUGGCGGCCUCUGAAGUCAGGCGUAAAUUGGCUUCAGCAUUUAAUGUUCCUCUGCAGCAGAUUAAACAUGUUUACAGACAGGGUCCCACCGGAAUUCACGUUCUCCUUAGUGACCAGGUGGUUCAAAAUUUUCAAGACGAGACAUGUUUCUUAUUCGCCACUGUCAAAGCAGAAAACAACGAUGGCGUCCAUAUCAUUUUGAAAUGAAACCACGUGCUGGCCCUGGAGCCUCACGUGAAGCCUCGCUUCACCGAACUCUGUGUACUAAGACUGGACUUGAGGGACUGAGUUUGGACUUCACCGCUUACAGAUGUUUCAUAUUGAAAACGCGAGGUGACCUUUGUGAUGCACUGCCUGAGAGGUGGACUUGCUUCUUGUCACUGCCAUCACCACAAGUCCUCUCGGUAGUACAGUGUCCUGAGCCAUGGGGAGGUGGGGAGAUGGACAUGGACCACUGCUGGGCCCCUCACCCUUGGCCAGGCCUGGUAGCCACCUCGCUCUCCAUGACACUGUGUCCAGUUUGGAAAUGAAUGUAGCCCCUCCUGUGCCCAUUUAGUUGUCCCUGCUUAUACCCUCGGUGACUUAGGGAGGCGUGGGGACAGAGGAGUAGGUUCCCUGGAAAUCUGGGUGGAGAAGAAUGAGGCUGGAAAUGCCACCAGGUUGUGGGUUAGGCCCCACUCCAAGCUAAUGGGAAUUGUGUUUGAGUGUGUGUGGGGCGUGUGAGGUGUGGGUGGAGAUGUGGCAUGCCUUGAAGCCAGCUGUGCCCGGAUGCGUCCCAGGGCCACAUGGUCAUUGGAGGUUGUCUAAUGCAGAACCAUUGAAGGUGCUCCCUGUCCCAGCACCCUGGGGGAAGCUCUGCUCAUGUCAACUUUUUUUUCCCUGUUUUUCUUUGUCUUUCUACUCCCUUCUUUAAAAAAAAAAAAGGUUGAACUCUUGGCCUAGAAAGCAGAAGUGUCUUCUUGGUAAGAGCUUGGGACUCAGUGUCACAAGGACUUGAAAGGUCACAGACAGUGUCUGCCCCCUCCCCUUACAUCCGGAUGUGCCCAGGAUGGCCCUUGGCCCCUUGUUUCUGGGGGCUUCAGGAAUGGGCAUGGGUUUCCUCAUCAAUUAAAGAAGCCAUUUCUGGAUAUUCUCCACCCUUUGCCAUUUUCAUUACAUCUUUUGGGCCAAACUAGUCACAAAAGUAGAAUUUGGGAUCAUUUUGGAGCUUCUUGGUCAUGCCUAGUGUAGUUUUAUAUGCUGAAGAUACACGUUGGCUUUUGUCCCAUUAUUGUUUUAAACUUGGUGCAUGCAGGUCUGCAUGUUUGUACCCAUGUGUGUGUGCCUGGGUUUCUGGGGGAGAAUACUGGGUCUGUAUCUUCUUUCCUCACUGGGACAGAGUCCCUUGUUUUAAAUAUCUGUCGUGCUUCUGUGGAGACAUGAAGGAGAACUGAUCCUUCCAAAAGCAGAAUUUCGUUUUUCCCAUUUGAAACUGCUUAUGGUGCCCUUGGGACCCAGAGAGGAGCCUCUCGUGACCAAAUCUUUCAUUCCCUGGGAAUGAAGUGGGGGUGGGGGAAGCCGGCAGGGCGACUGCAGUGUCUGAGGCUUUGUCCCUUUGGGGUGACCAUUCAUCCCUCAGCAUGCGGGGAACAGCCAGACACUGGACCUUCCACGCAGUUUCAAAAUGGAUACUGUAGUUGGAGGAGUGGGGAAGUGGCCCACUUGAGUCUUUCAGACCUUCCUGUCAUAGGAAAGUGGGUCAUCAGCUUAGCCCAGGCACCCCGAAUUAAAUGAUCACACCAGCAAAUUGCUGUUUUAAAGAGCAGGAUGUACAGUUUAGUUUCACAAGACUAAAUGGUUUCUGAACAUUUAGGAAAUGUGGUUCUUUUCCUGCUGUGCUCAUGGUGCCCCUGUGUGUGCUUAGCCAGACCCCAGAGAGAGGCUCUCUGAGCAUUUUUGCUCCUCCUCCUCUACUGUCUCUGCUGGCCACAGGAAUAUGGGCCCUUGGGGUUGCCCUAUAAGGUCAUUAGGUCACGUGUGCCCGGGGAAGCCAUUGGCAUUUUCCUGCCUGGCCACAUAGGCCAUGCAAAGCAGCCUCCUCUCCCUCAGACCCCAUGAGGGAAGUUGCUCCCCACUUCUUUUCCCUGCAUGGGGUCGUGUCUGUUUUUAAAGAGACAUAGUCUUUGAGUGCACAGGCGAGCCCCAGUGAAACCUGGGAGUUCCUCUCUGAUGCCACAGCCAGGACCUCGAGUUUGGGGUGUGGCUGUUCACUAGGACAUCUGGUGCUGCUCCUUUUCUGCAUCAGAUGGAACAUCAGAGGUAAUGGGCCUCCCUUCAAACUGUCAUGGCAAGAUGAAGCUUGUGGUGUCUUUUGCAAAGGAAGUGUCUGUCCCUUUGUCAGCAUUUAAAGAACAGGAAAAUCUGUGUGAGUGUGUGUGUAUAUGUGUGUGAUCAUAUAAGCUUUGCUCAGAGACAUGCGUCCUCCCGGAGAGUACAGCAAUAAGCCCCCCGGACUCCAUGUCUCUGAUGGGACUGUGGCAAAUCCAUUGGGACAUGACGUGGAGGCUGCCAAGAGUGGGACUGGUGGCCAUGCAGCCUGUCCCCUGGAUUGGGGAGAGAUGGUCUCUUUUGCCUUAUAGCAUGAGUGCAUUUGUCAGGGUUUCUGUGCUUUUUAAAUAAACUUGAAAAAAAUGGUCCAAAAAAAUU